CCCUCGGCCAGCGCCGUACCCAGCCAGAUCCAGCUCUCGGCCCCCGCGCGUCACCGGCGCCCUCGCAGCCUCCGCCUUCCCCUCCACCCUCGGGAGACCCCUGACUCCCUCAUGGCGUCGCUCCUGUGCUGUGGACCCAAACUGGCCGCCUGCGGCAUCGUCCUCAGCGCCUGGGGGGUGAUCAUGUUGAUAAUGCUCGGAAUAUUUUUCAAUGUCCAUUCUGCUGUGUUAAUUGAAGAUGUCCCAUUCACAGAGAAAGAUUUUGAGAACGGCCCGCAGAGCAUCUACAACCUUUACGAGCAAGUCAGCUACAACUGCUUCAUCGCCGCGGGCCUCUACCUCCUCCUCGGAGGCUUCUCUCUCUGCCAAGUGCGGCUCAAUAAGCGCAAGGAAUACAUGGUGCGCUAGGGCACGUUCCCGUCUCCCCUCCGCAGCCUCCUCUAUUUAAAGACUCCCGAGCCCUCACCUGGUCCGCCCCACCCCGCCGGCGUCUUCCGCGGCACCGGGAUGCCCCGUGGAGAGCGGGGAUCCCUGGGUCUCUAAUCUUUGAGGGCUGUUUCCUCUCUCUCCUGGUACCGAGCCACAAUAAACAGCAGCCACCCUCUCAA